AUGAGUGAGAUCGAUGCAAGAAAUACGAAAUUCAGCGACUUUCGCGAGAAGCGUGGGGUUAUGCUUGAUGUUCUCAAGACAGCAUUAAUCCCGGUGGAACUGUUCGGGAAUCUUGAGGCAGGAGGCGUUUCGAUGGCGUUCCCUCCCAGCAAUUUGGUCUUUGGCGCUGUCAUGUACUUGGACUGGUACAAGAUCAACAAGGCCCGGCUCCCGGGGACAGGCGAUUGGGUAAGGAACGAGGAUAUCUUCCAGGGCUGGCUGAGCGGGGACACGCCCAUUAUCCUUGUCUCCGGCAACCCCGGCGCAGGCAAGUCGUAUAUAUCAACGAAUAUCAUCAGCUUCCUUCGCGAGCCGUAUCGACACUCGAUUCAUCAGGCGUUGCGGGAUCUCGCCUUCCAAAUCGGCAAGAGCGACCCCGUCUACCAGACAAAUAUCGUGAUGGUUGAGCAAUAUGAGAUGAUCAGCAGCCUAGAGAGUGCAUGGCGCCUGCUGUUUAUGGAUUACUUCCUGAAAAAGCCAAACGUCAACAGCAGUGUCUACAUACUCCUGGAUGCCGUGGACGAGGACUCGGACGAGGAACGCAAAAUCUUUCUCACCCUAGCAAAGGAUCUAUACGAUGCUCCUGAAAGUCCUCGUCUGCAGCUGGCUAUCGUGGGUCGUCACCAUAUUAGCGACCAGCUGCUGGAAGGUCUCGAGUUGGAAGUUCCAAACAACCAUGUUACGACGCAGAAGAACUCCGGCGACAUCAACCAGCACAUUCAUGCAAGUAUCAAGAAGUCUGUUAUCCUUCGAAGGGUUUUGGCGAAACCGCGCCAAGGGAUAGAGCUGGUGAAGGAACGAAAUGGGAGCAGCAUACGGAAAGCUCUGGACGAUCCUCCCAGGGGCCUGAAGGAGAUCCUUCGUCAUGUCCUCUCCAACUUUUCGAUGAGCUCUACAGAAGAGGAGCUCGAGUAUCUCAACGAGAUGCUACAGUGGGUUACUUGCUCCCAGCAGCCGCUAACUCUCGGCCUAAUCGACGCGAUUCUCAAGCUAAAAUCGCCAGAAGUCGAUGGGAUGAUUUAUCUAGAAGGCGCUCUUCGCCGACAGUUCGCUUAUUCUUUCUCCACACUCGACUGGGAGGACGCUCUUGUGACGACGGAAUUUCAGAACAGGUCGACGAAGCCUGACGUCUUCGAUCGGUCUGACGACGAAAAGGAUGAGAACGAGCAGGAUGUCUUCGAAGAUGCCGACAACUUCACCGAUUUUAACUCCGACCUGCAGACGACUACAGUCACCCUCUGCCAUGCCUCUAUUGGCGAUUUCUUCCGCGACGAGACAGAGGGCAAGGUGUCCGCCGGGAAAGGUCAUCUUGCAGUUGGUGUGAAUUAUCAUGAAGCCAAAGCCCACGUCCUCAGGACCUUCCUACGGUUACUUACCGACAGCGAGUUUGCGAACAAAACCGAUGAUUCAAAUACGAUGCUCAUAUAUGCCGAAGGGAACUGGGUUCAUCAUCUUUUUACCACUUCGCCAUCAGAAUGCUCACUUGAGGACAGGAAAGAUAUUGCAAAGCUGCUACUAAUAGUUUUCAGAUCUGAGGAGGUUAUAUCAUGGUGGGAAGAUGAGGAGGUUAUCACGUCCCUCUCUGAUAAUGAACGAGAAUUUAUAUCAUCUACUGAAGAAAACCCGAUAAUGACGUUCAAGCCAGUGGUCAUGUUUUGUGUCAAGAACUGGUUGUGCGACGAUAUCUGGCAUGAAUAUCCCUUAUUAGUCGCGGUUUGGAGCUACCAAACCCUUAACAAGGGCAAAGAGGUCGAUUCCGCGAAAAAGUUCGACCCCAGUGCUGCGGAGAUCAUUGAGGCUGCUGAGUUUGGUAAUCUGGAGAAGACCGCUCUGUUGUAUCGACGCUGUGCAAUGGCUCUUCGGCGAUUUGGGUACUACGAUACGGCCCUGGAGUAUCUCUCCAUGGCCCUGGUGCUGGAUCCGGAUGAGUGGCUUACCAGGACUGGGAUGGCGCUCACGUAUAACCUGCAAAAGCAAUACGAAAAGGCGAUCAAACUGGACGAGGAAAUUGUGAAGAAAGUUUCAGAGGAGAUCAAAGCGGCUCCGGAGAAGGGAGGGCUCAAGCUGCAGCUUCAUAUUAUUCUCGAGAGUAUGGGCAACAGCUAUAAGCAGCUUGGGUAUCUGGAGAAACGAUUUGAGAGCUUUACGAGGGCGUACGAGUACAAACCCUACUGCAACACGUGUAUCAACGUGCUUCUCGAACAUCAUAAUAGCAAUCAACGUCACCAUGCAACGAUUGAUUUGCUCACUCAGUUGGCAGAAACCCCUGUCCCAGAUGAGGACUACUCUCUGUUGACCCAAAUGGUGUGGCUCGACUCAGAAGAGUUCUUCAGCUACGCCUCAAAUGCCGCAUUGGCUACGGACAGUCUCAACUUAGUGGUCGAGUCCUGGCAAGUUGCAGCAAAAGCGGCUCGUAAGGCUUUGAAAACGGCGACCGCGGCCAAUCUGGAACUGCGUCUUGCUUCCAUCUACAGCGAGUUUUUGAACGACCAGGCAAAGGCUGUGAAACGGAUCGGAAUCGUUAAGCUGUCGGCUUCCUACUGGCUCGCCCAGCACAAUCUCUUAGAGGCCGUGAAUGCCGGGAUUAUCACGCUAGAGGCUGAAGAGGCGGCGAAGAAGCUUGAGAAGCUUGCGAUGCAAGCCAGGGGUGAUGAAAAUUCCUCCACCUUCACUUUGCGAGCCAGGACGGCUCUUUGUCUCGGUGUCAACCACCGCUUGAAGGGGCAACAAACGGACGCCCGCGCUCUCGUCAGACCAUCUAUCAAAUAUGGCAUCUACGUUUUGUCCGACAAUAAUCCUGAGAAUGACAUAAUGGGUCUCCAAUGUCUCAUGGAUGCACUCCUCGCUACCGGAGACACCAAAAAUUUCGUUAUUGUAGCCUACGCCCUGGGCUUGUACCUGGAAGAGAACCCUCUCAAAUUCAUGGCGUGGACGUGCGAUGGGCCAUGUCGUGCGGAGGGGACUAUGGCCAGCAAGUCAUGGAAUUCCAUUCAUGUCAAGAGCUUGGUCCAUGUGCCUCCACGGCCGAAGAAAGUCGGCAAGGGAUCAGUGCUGUUUGAUGGAGAGGAGAUGCGUUUUGAGGCCUGGAUCAACCUGCUUAGGACUGGGGUGUUUAACUUGUCUUAA